CGGACGAUACGGGCACGCAUGUGUAAAUAGGCACCGUGGUACAAUCGAUUGGACAAAGUCAAUCAUCUGAGCGGGCACAGGUCGCGGCGACCGUGAAUCUCGCCAGCGUCCCGUACGGAUCUCAGUGGGACCCCGCCUCGCGCGCCGUGCGCUUCUUGCCUCGCACCGCUGCCGACCUAACCACACGGGUAUCUAGUGGAUGCUGCACAGUUCUGGUGGUUCAUGUGUCGUCACUAAACUAUUAAUUAUGCGCUACCCCGAGUGACUAACGCCCGAUUAAGAUCGGAUUACAAUGUAGAGCUGCCGACCCGGCGAAGGAAAAUUUGCACAGACAACGAGAAAAGAACAAUAGCUGGCAAUAGUUUACGUGGUGAAGAGUGUGGUGCAUUUGCACAGGAAAGAGGGCGGUCGCGAGGAGGAGCCGACCAACGCGGCGGAAGCGGCGCCGGCGCAAGGCAUGCGCAUAGAACACACUUGCUGCUGCCUCGGCGUGUUGGUGGGCAUCUCGCUCAUCGCCGCCCUCGUAGCAGUGAUACUGAUGAAGGAUUCCACUGUUGAGGUGACAGAACUCCGUCAAGUACAUGUGCUCAUGUCCCACGGGGAGCGCACCCCAAGCGAGGGCGAGCUGGCGAUGCUGGGCGCCCCUCCACCCGACCACGUGUUCUCGCCCUACGGAGCCGGCGCCAUGACUAAUGAGGGCAAGAUGUUGACAUUUGAAAUGGGCGCAUUACUUAGGAAGAGAUAUGAUGAGUUUUUGGGGCCUUACUAUGAGAGUGAGAGGAGUAUCGUGAUAUCGUCGGAUACAGAGCUGAGUAAGAUGACUGCUCUGUUGAUAGCGGCGGGACUGUGGCCACCGCCGCCGGAGCAGGUGUGGAAUGACACGCUCCCAUGGCAACCCGUGCCCUACACGUAUCCACCGCGACGCCAAGACUUUCUGCUGUACGAAGAGAACUGUCCUCGUUACAAACAAGAGAAGGAGAGGAUACUUAAAGCGUUCACAGAAGAAGGGUUGCUGCAACCGUACCGCGACUUCUUCCACAAGAUUGCGCAGAUGACCAACACUAACUUCAGCACGCCGCAAGAGGCUUACUAUUUAAAUAAUUUAUUUCUUAUACAGGACGAUAUAAAAGUAGCAAAUCCGAAAUGGGCGAAACAUGUGAAGAGAAAACUGAUGGAUGUGGCACGAUUGGAGUACUCGAUGAUGUUCCACAACAACUUGCUAAGGAAACUUAGCGGUGGAGCAUUGCUUCAACAAAUAAUAAAGGAAGCGAGCAGUAACUCUGCAGGCGAGUCCCAGUUACGUCUGGUGGUGCGCACAGGCACCCCAGUGUCUGUAGCGGCCCUGUUAGGUGCCUGCGUGGCCCCACCACCCCGUCUCCCAGACCCAGGGGCUGCCCUACUGUUCGAGUUACACGAACGACGGCCUUCACCACAGUCUAACAAGGAGCAGAAGAUUUUGGCUGAAGGACAGCGGUUUGGGUUUAAGAUAUACUACUGGGACGACGACUCAGCGGAACCCCGCCUCAUGGAAGUCCCAGGGUGCAACGCGUUCUGCCCCCUCGAGACUUUCAAGGAACUAACCAAAUACAUAGUGACACACAACUACAACAAAGACUGUAGGCUCGUUCCUAACACAUAGUUAUAAAGUGAGUGACAAAUCGACAGUAGGCUGUGGUAUUUAAAUAUGGACUUUAUGACGAUGAUUAUAAACUAUAUUAUUGAUUGAA